AUGGUCCAAACCCCUCAACAACGUCGCGCAAAUGAGCGCUUCGCCAAACUCGAAGCUGCAAAGCGCGGUAAGCCGGAGGCCGUUGUCAAGUCGAAGCCGAAACCGAAGUCCCCCGUGCCUGUUGGUUGGGUUGUCGUCCUCGCCUUCGUCGUGUGCGGCGGGAUGCUUUUCGAGCUCGCCAGGGUGGUGCCAGAGAUCUGGGCGGCGAUUUCGGCCUUUGUAACAAAGUGGACGAGUUAA